AUCGCUGCGUUCGUAUGGCACUACCUGAGAAGAUCGCGCAACCUUCCGCCUGGGCCGCGAGGACUUCCGAUCUUCGGGUCAGCUCUCUCACUAGGAGCCCGGCCGGAUUUGACGCUAAAGGAUUGGGCAAAGACGUACGGACGUGAUGAGCGUCUAUCUAGGACCACAGUUAACUAUUGUGCUGGGUGACGCUGCUUCAACGAAGGAUGCCUUUCUCAAGCAAGGCGAUGCGUUUUCAGGACGACCUGAUAAUCCUAUAAUCGAAGCUAUAAUAAAGGAAAUCAUGACGGAUUAUGACACUACAAGUUAUAAUCAUGGGUUGGUGCUGUCUACGGGAAAGCUGUGGAAAGAACAGCGUAAAUUUGCACUUGCAAAACUGCGAGAAUUUGGCAUGGGCAAAGUCAGCCUGGAGUUAAAGAUCAAGGAGGAAAUCUCUAUUCUUCUCGUUGCGAUCAAAGCCACAAAUGGCGAGCCAUUUGACCUCCAGCCACUUAUUACUACGAGCGUCUGUAAUGUGAUCUGCAACAUCAUGUGGGGAAAUAGAUUUGAUCAUGACGAUGAACAAUUCAAGAUCCUGAUGAAAGCUUUAAAUGACGAGUUCAUCAACUUCGUUUCUACCGGCUUGCUAAAUUUCCUUCCGUGGCUGCGACAUAUUCCGCCCUACCGGAAGCUUAUGCAGGAUAUAAUCCGCAAUGAAAGGCUGAUAUUUGAGGUUCUUAAGAAAAACCGAGAUCUUCACGUGGAGAAUUUUGAUGCAGAUAAUAUCAGAGACUUUACUGAUGCCUACCAUAAUGAAAUACAGAUAGAAAAACAGAAGGGCUGCGAGACAACGUUUAAAGACGACGAACUAUUGUACGUUGUUUGGGAUCUGUUUCUGGCUGGAACAGAAACCACAUCCACGACCAUGCGAUGGGCAAUGUUGUUCAUGUUAAAACACCAGGAUGUAUGCAGAAAAGUGCAGGCAGAGAUAGACGACAUCAUCGGUAGAGGAAGACUACCAAAUAUGGCUGACGCGAACAAAAUGCCUUUUACGGAGGCGACCAUCAUGGAAAUUCAACGCCUGGGUAACAUAGUACCCCUUGGUGCUGUCCACGCUACGUCGGAGGAGUCGAGGAAGUGCAAUUUAGAGGUUAACACAAUUCCAGACGGCGAGUGUGUUUGGGGGGAAUCUCGGCCAAAAAUGGAACUGUUCCUGUUCUUCACAGUAUUCUGCAGAACUUCGACGUUAGCUACAGAUGGUGUGUUGGAGCCAUCAUCAUUUGAAG